AUGUCUCUAUACCACGAGACGGCCGCCAUUGUGACGGGGCCCUCUACCCACGGCGGCAGUCUCAAGUCCAGGAUAUUCGGCAAUAAGGACCUUAAGUCACCGCCCGCCCAAGUCUACGCCUUGGCCUUUGAGUCGAGCAAGUGGAGCGCAAUUCUGAAGGAGGUGGUCGAGAAUUCACAGCUGCUGCAGCAGGAGCGCAAGCUCACCCCGGCGCUCUCCGUCCUGCUAGUCCACGACCUUCUACUUGCCAAGAAGGGCAUCGCCCUCCCCGCCUCUCACGGCCUCCGCGUCGCCGUAGAGAAGCACAAGGCAAGGAUCCAGGCCGAGUUCACCAGAGCCCGGAUACGGAGGAAAUGCUCAACGGUCGAGGCCCUAAAGGCCGCCGUCGACGCGCAGCUGGGGCCGCCUCAUCCACGGUGGAUCCGCGUCAACACGCUGAAGAGCACCGUCGACGAGCAGCUCGACACCACGUUCAAAGGGUUCGAGAUGGUGGCCACGGUGGAAGAGGUCAUGGCAUCCGCCUCGACGGGCAAGAGGCUCAUCUGCCUCGACGCCACCAUCCCCAACCUCAUCGCCGCCUCGCCGGGCAUCGACUUCACCAAGACUGAAGCGUACAAGGCCGGCGCCAUCAUCCUGCAGGACAAAGCCUCCUGCUUCCCCGCCUACCUGCUCGACCCCCGGCCCGAGCACGGCGACAUCAUCGACGCGUGCAGCGCGCCCGGCAACAAGACAACCCACCUGGCCGGCAUCCUGCACGAGCGCGGAUUUGCCGAGGGCCAGCGCAUCCUGGCCUUUGAGAAGGACAAGCAGCGCGCCAAAACGCUGGAGAAGAUGGUCCGCACGGCCGGUUCCGACAAGGUCACCGUCAUCCGCCCGGGCGCCGACUUCCUCAAGACGGACCCCAACGCGCCCGAGUUCCGGUCCGUCGGAGCCCUCCUGCUGGACCCGUCAUGUUCGGGGAGCGGCAUCGUCGGGCGCGACGAUACGCCCGAAUUCCACCUCCCGUCCCCCGGCGGCAGCAGAAGCCCUGCUUCAGUCAACGAUGCAAACCCCAAGAACCUCAAACGAAAACGCGAGUCUCCGCCCACGCAAACAGUCCUGGUCGACGACGACGGCAAGGAAACGAUUGUCUCCUCCGAGCAAGCCCUCCAAACCCGACUCGAAGCCCUCGCCUCAUUUCAGCUCAAGAUUCUCCUCCACGCUUUCGCCUUCCCCGCCGCGACCCGCGUGACUUACUCGACCUGCUCCACGCACGCGGCCGAGAACGAGCGGGUGGUGGCGGCGGCCCUGCGGUCCGACGUCGCGCGCCAGCGCGGCUGGCGCCUCCUCCGCCGCGACGAGCAGCCCCGCGGCCUGCGCGAGUGGCCCGUCCGCGGCGACCCCGCAGCCCUGCCGCCGGACGAGGACGAGAACGAGAACGGGGCCGGGGCCGGGGCCGGGGCCGGGUACGGGGGCAGUAGGGAGGCCCUGGCGGAGGCGUGCGUGCGCGCGGACCGGGAGGACGGGCGGGGCGUCAUGGGCUUCUUCGUCGCCGGCUUUGUGCGGGACGCGAAGAAGGGCGGAGAAGACGACGACGACGACGACGACGACGACGACGAGGGCCCGUACGUGAGGGACGCGCAGGGACGGAUCGUCCGGGACGAGAACGGGAUCCCCACCAUCAAGAAGACGGGCAAGAAGGCGAUCGAGGUGGUCGAGGAGAUCAAAGGGCCCGGGGUGGAGAUACGGUUCGGGGAGGGAGAGCCGGAAGACGGAGACGGGCCGUUCGAGAGGGAUGCCGAUGGCAGGAUCAUCAGGGACGCGGACGGGAUGCCGACGUUGAAGGGGGGGAGGAGGGACGAGGAGGAUGAGGAGGAAGGCGAUAAUGAAUGGGGAGGAUUUGAAGAUUAG